AUGGACAAGGGGUGCCACUCCUGCGGCCUUGGCAAGCCCAGCCCGCUGAAGGUUGCCCAAGAACCCUUCAACCCUGACCGCCGCACCAGCUCCCUGCCUCUACUGGCCCUCCCUGGGGUGACGCCGAGCAGUGAGGACCACCCAGAUAACCAGCUUACAAAUGAAAAACACACAGAUGAAAAGCCUAUGAAAGGUAUUGUUAUGAGUUCUGUCACAGAAUUCAGCAUCACAGACGCUUCAUCAAAGGGCACCAAAAAUGAGAAGAAAUUGUCAGAUGCAAGCAGAUCAUCCAUUGCUUCCCUGGAGAAAUGCAGAGAGUUCGCUUACAUUGAAGAUGAUGCAUCAGUACAUCAGAGAGACAGUGACGAUGAAUGUGCAACACUUAUCCUGGCCUGCUUGUUCUGCCAGUUUUGGGACUUUCUUAUAAUGCUGCCUGAUACCUGUGAACACUGGCUGACAGAUACCUGUUGUCCAUCCAAUAGAUAUUACCAGACCUCCGACGAAGACCACGGCAACAACGACUGCAACUGUGACUGUGACAUUGAUUGCAGCCUCUUUGAGUCCUGCCACGAGACUGGGGAGUGCCUGGAGCUCGCCAUGGAGAUUUCAGAAGUCUGCUAUCGCUAAUAGAAAAAUUAUUGACAAAA